AUGGCCACCCAGGUAAUGGGGCAGUCUUCUGGAGGAGGAGGGCUGUUCAAUGGCAGUGGCAACAUGGGCAUGGCCUUGCCUAACGAUAUGUAUGACUUGCAUGACCUCUCCAAAGCGGAAUUGGCUGCUCCUCAGCUCAUCAUGUUGGCAAAUGUGGCCUUAACCGGGGAAGUCAAUGGCAGCUGCUGCGAUUACCUCGUUGGCGAAGAGAGGCAGAUGGCAGAGUUGAUGCCUGUUGGGGAUAACAACUUCUCCGAUAGUGAUGGAGAAGGACUUGAGGAGUCUCCUGAAGUCAAAGGUUGUCACAGUGGCCUGGAAAACAUGGAACUGGAAAGUUUGGAACUCAGUGUUGCAGAACCACAGCCUGUGUUUGAGGUCUCAGCUGCCCCAGAAGUUUACAGCUCAAAUAAAGAGCUUCCUCCCGAGACACCUGGAGCAGAGGACAAAGGCAAGACCUUGAAGACCAAACCCUUUCGCUGUAAGCCAUGCCAAUAUGAAGCGGAAUCUGAAGAACAGUUUGUGCAUCACAUCAGAGUUCACAGCGCCAAGAAGUUUUUUGUGGAAGAAAGUGCAGAGAAGCAAGCAAAAGCCAGGGAGCCUGGCUCUUCCACUGCUGAAGAGGGAGAUUUCUCCAAAGGCCCCAUUCGCUGUGACCGCUGUGGCUACAAUACCAAUCGAUACGAUCACUAUACUGCUCACUUGAAACACCACACUAGAGCUGGUGAUAAUGAGCGAGUCUACAAGUGCAUCAUCUGCACAUACACCACAGUAAGCGAAUAUCACUGGAGAAAACACCUAAGAAACCAUUUUCCAAGGAAAGUGUACACAUGUAAAAAAUGCAACUAUUUUUCAGACAGAAAAAACAAUUACGUUCAGCAUGUUCGAACUCAUACAGGAGAGCGCCCAUAUAAAUGUGAACUUUGCCCUUACUCAAGUUCUCAGAAGACUCAUCUAACUAGACAUAUGCGUACUCAUUCAGGUGAGAAACCAUUUAAAUGUGAUCAGUGCAGUUAUGUGGCCUCUAAUCAACAUGAAGUGACUCGCCAUGCAAGACAGGUUCACAAUGGGCCUAAACCGCUUAACUGCCCACACUGUGACUAUAAAACAGCAGAUAGAAGUAACUUCAAAAAACACGUGGAGCUACAUGUUAAUCCACGGCAAUUCAAUUGUCCAGUAUGCGAUUAUGCAGCUUCCAAGAAGUGUAAUCUGCAGUAUCAUUUCAAAUCUAAGCAUCCCACUUGUCCUAAUAAAACAAUGGAUGUUUCAAAAGUGAAACUAAAGAAAACCAAAAAGCGAGAGGCUGACUUGCCUGAUAACAGUAAUACCAAUGAAAAAACAGAAACAGAGCAGAUAAAAGUAAAGGGAGAUGUAGCAGGAAAGAAAAAUGAGAAGUCUGUAAAAGUGGAGAAAAAAGAUAAUGCUUCAAAAGAGAAAAAGUCUUCUAGUAACGCUUCAGUCCAGGUGACUACCAGAACUCGGAAAUCGGCGAUGGAAGCUAGAGAGAUGGAUGUGCAUUCAAGAACCAAUUCAGAAAAAAACGGUAAAACCAAGAAAGGCAAAAGGAAGAUGGAAGCUGAAGCCCAUUCCUUACAAGAUCCUGUUAAUGAUAAGGAACCUGUGACAAAAAAGAAAAAGAAGACAGAAAGCAAACCCAAAAAUAGUCAGGAAGUACCAAAGUGUGAGAACAGAGUGGAGGAGAAUAAAAAGCAAAAUACUUGUGUGAAAAAAAGUACAAAGAAGAAAACUCUGAAAAAUAAGUCAAGUAGAAAAAGCAACAAGCCUGCUCAGAAGGAAACUGUUCAGAGGGGGCCUGCUCAGACAGAGCCGCUGCCACCCAUGGAGCCGCCUCAGGUGGGGCCUGUUCAGACAGAGCCGCCUCCCGUACAGCCCGCUCCCAUGGAGGUUCAGAUGGAGGCGCCUCCUGCCGUGGAGCCCCCUCCUGUUAUGGAGCCGCCGCCUCUUACGGAGGAGCCUCCAGUUCCCAAAAAGUCUCCUCGAAAAGAUAAGAAGGAAAAGUCUAACAUGCAGAGUGAAAUGGCAAGGAAGGAGCAAGUCCUUAUUGAAGUUGGCUUGGUGCCUGUUAAAGAGAGCCAACUUCUAAAGGAAAGUGCAAGUGCACAGGAUUUCUUACCACCGCUGCCAAAGGAAAACCUAAAAGAAGAGGAGUCAAAAGACCAAAAAUUACUCACCGAAUGUGAAGGAAGUCAAGAAGCCCCCCUUCAAAAAGUAGAAGCAAAAGAGGCAGGUAAGAGUCUAGCAGUUGUCAAGGAAUCUGUCACUAUUUCAUCCUCGGAACAAAACUUGAAUAUGCUAGAGGGUGAAACGUCAGAUGGUAAACAUCAGACUGACACUAGGCUUUGUGAAAGCCAUAUGGAUGCAGAUGAGAACACAACAGAGAAUCUCCCUGGGAAAGACUCAGCAGUUGAAGAAUCAGUUUCACCACUGCUUCCUCUGCCAACAGAAAAACCAGAAGCAGUGUCCAAAACUGCUGUAGCAUCACCUCCUGUUACCAUGGCAGUGAAUGAGUCUCAGGAAAUGGAUGAAGAUGAAGGUAUUCAUAGUCAUGAUGGAAGUGACCUAAGUGACAACAUGUCGGAGGGCAGUGACGAUUCUGGAUUAAAUGGGGCCCGGCCAGUUCCACAAGAAGCUAAUAGGAAAAAUGCAAAGGAAGCCUCAACAGUCAAGGUGGCGGAGGGAGAUUUUGUUUGCAUCUUCUGUGAUCGUUCUUUUAGAAAAGAAAAAGAUUACAGCAAGCACCUCAAUCGCCAUUUGGUUAAUGUAUACUUCCUUGAAAAAGCAGCUAAAGGGCAGGAGUGA